AUGGCAAAAGUAGACCCCAUUACCACACAGCUAGACAUCAAUGGGAACAUAGUAAAGUUCAAAGUGGAUAGAGGCUGUAGUGUGACGAUUUUGACAAAGACUGAGUAUGGCAAGUUAUGGACAGCUGGAAAUGGACAGGAGCUGCAAAACUGCUCAUUGACUCUGAAAACAUACACAGGUGAAAAAGUCUCUAUACUAGGGAUGGGCGAUGUAACUGUAACGUACAAAGACAAAGUCAAGCAGUUACCAGUAGUCGUGGUAGCAGGAAGUGGACCAAACCUGCUAGGCCAGGCAUGGCUAAGGGAUUUGGAAAUGAACUGUGUACAUGUCAAUAAGAUAGAACUGCCUCAGCUGACUUUACAGAAUGUACUAAAGCGGAAUGAAGAGGUAUUCAAAGAGGAACUGGGGACCUGGAGAGGCCCGCCAGUAAUAAUAUACAUAAAAGAGGGCAUUGUUCCAAAGUUCUACAAGCCCAGGCCAGUGCCCUAUGCCAUGAGAAAGAAAGUAGAGAUUGAGCUGGAAAGACUCACCAAGCUAGGCAUAAUUGAACCAGUGAAGUUCUCCAAGUGGGCAGCACCAAUAGUGCCGGUGUUAAAGCCUGACAGUUCUGUGCGCAUCUGUGGAGAUUACAAGCUCACAGUAAACCUAGUCUCCAAGCUUGAGCAGUAUCCAAUACCAAAGUUGGAGGACUUAUUUGAGAAGCAUUUUUCAAUGGUUGAUGGAAGGUCUGGUGGCGGGAAUCCCUAA